AUGGCGCUCUCUGUGUUUGGUGGGGCUGGGGUGGUUUUAGACGGACUUGCGGGUGGACUCCCUCUGGCCGCAGGACUGGCCUAUGUCGCUGGAGUUGGAGUUAAAGCCAUCGGAAAAAUAACCACAAGUAAAAGCUUGAAGAAGUUGAAGUCUUUGUUGGAGGCGUACAGAGGAAUCAUCAAAACGCUGAAACUGAAAAUGCUUGACGUGGUUCGAGAAAUGGAUACACACAAACCAAAUGUUCAAGACACAGUUUUGUCUGAGGCGCUUAAACUGAGAGCCAAAGUUACAGACGCAAUCUCGACUCUGAACGAGUGUCAGCGUGACGAGUCUGAAAACUACAAAAUGGUCAGGGAAUAUCGAGACCAAGUCGAGCUAUUAAAACCUACAAUGGAGCGGUUCAGGUAA